UUAAAAAUGACAAGGAAUUUGUCUACGGGAAUCUUGAACACAACACGCCAGUUUUGCUGUCUCUGUCCAGAUAUUUGAGAAGUGGAGCAAGGGAAUCAGUCGAUCAUCCUCCUGCUCGGACUGUGGGGAAGGAUUCACUCGAUCAUCUGACCGACUGGCAUGCCUGUCAUUUUACACAGGGAGACACCCAUUCAUCUGCUCAGACAGUGGGAAUGCAUUCACUCGGUCAUCUCAACUGAAGGUACAUCAGCAAGUUCACACUGGACAAGGCCAUUCACCUGCUCUGUGUGUGAGAAGGGAAUCAGUCGGUCUUCCCACCUGUAGAUACACCAGUCAGUUCACACUGGGCAGAGGCUGGUCAUCUGCUGAAUUUGUGGGGAAGGAUUCACUGGGUCAUCUGACCUAAUGGCUCACCAGCGAGUUCACACCGGGGAGAGGCCAUUCACCUGCUCGGACUGUGGGAAGGGAUUCACUUGCUCAUCUAAACUGAAGGUACAUCAGCGAGUUCACACCGGGGAGAGACCGUUCACCUGCUCAGACUGCGGGAAGGGAUUCACUCGGUCAUCCGACCUACUGGCACACCAGACAGUUCACACUGGAGAGAGGCCAUUCACCUGCUCAGACUGUGGGACGGGAUUCACGCAGUCAUCUAAACUGAAGGAACAUCAGAGAGUUCACACUGGAGAGAGGCCGUUCACCUGCUCAGACUGUGGGAAGGGAUUCACACGGUCAUCUAAACUGAAGGAACAUCAGAGAGUUCACACCGGGGAGCGGCCGUUCACCUGCUCAGACUGUGGGAAGAGAUUCACUUGCUUAUCUAAACUGAAAGUACAUCAGCGAGUUCACACUGGAGAGAGGCCGUUCACCUGCUCAGACUGUGGGAAAGGAUUCACUCGGUCAUCCGACCUACUGGUACACCAGUCAGUUCACACUAAGGAGCAGCCGUUCACCUGCUCGGACUGUGGGAAGGGAUUCACUUGCUCCUCUAAACUGAAGGUACAUCAGCGAGUUCACACUGGGGAGAGGCCAUUCACCUGCUCAGAGUGUGGGAAAGGUUUCACUCAGUCAUCCCACCUACAAGCGCACUGGUCUGUUCACACUGGGGAGAGACCGUUCACCUGCUCAGACUGUGGGAAGGGAUUCACAUCAUCAUCUCAACUGAAGAUACAUCAGCGAGUUCACACUGGGGAGAGGCCAUUUACCUGCUUAGACUGUGGGAAAGGAUUCACUCAGUCAUUCCACCUAAAAGCACACCAGUCAGUUCACACUGGGGAGAGGCCAUUCACCUGCUCAGUCUGUGGGAAAGGCUUCACUUCGUCAUCUCAACUGAAGGUACAUCAGCGAGUUCACACUGGGGAGAGGCCGUUCACCUGCUCAGACUGUGGGAAGGGAUUCACUCGGUCAUCUCUACUACAGAGACACCAGCGAAUUCACACUGGGGAGAAGCCGUUCACCUGCUCAGUGUGUGGGAAGGGGUUCACUCAGUCCUCCCAACUACAGAGACACCAGCGAGUUCACACUGGGUAGAGGCUGUUUGCCUGCUCAGACUUUAGGAAUAGGUUCUCUCAGCCAAAUCAACCAAGUAUUCAUCAUUGAGUUCACAUUGGGGAGAUCUCCUGCUAUGAAUGCGGGAAGCGAUUUACUCAGUCAUCAAAUCUUAUGUAACUCUGGAUCCAGCUAGCAGCUUAAUAUAGGGGGUGAUAGUCCCCCAGUCUGGCCAAACUUAAGAAAUCUCAUUUGGGUGGAUGCUGCAUGAUGUGUCCCCUGUUACAGAUCAGUACCCUGAAAUAGCAAACAGUACACAAUAUGUGAUUAAAUGAUUGAGAUUUAGAAUUCCUACUUUGGCUAUAGGGUUAGUAAGGAAAAUAAAAAUAUAAGAAAAAGGGCCUAUUCUCUCCAUUCACGUCUUCUCAUCUCUCCCCAGCAAAAGACCACAAAAAUCUGUCUUCCAGGCUGACAAGAAAGAACAUUUCUGUCAUUGGAUAGCCUCGCACUCCAAAACCCUGUUAUCUCUAGCCGUAAUCUAAACAUUGCUGCUACAGAGAAACCAUUACCUCAGCAGUGAAACAUUACAGAGAGCCAUUACAUGAGCAGUGAAACCUUAUAGCAUGUUACACUUACGACACACUACAAGUUUCACACUGGGGAGAAACUUGCAAUAAGCUGCAUGCUGGAUAUUUGUCCAUCACCGUGCUGAAUGCAAUUUCGAGAGUGACUGUCGGUGCUGAACUCUGCAAUUAUUGCUGCUGCUCACCACACCCAGUUCUGCACCCUGGUCACUGGGCAUGGGAGGAGUUUCUUCUGCUGCACAUUCACCUUUAAUGAGACUGGAGUUUAAUAUUAUAGAUCUGAGAGAAAUAUAUCAGUUCUGUUUUAAACUCUGUCUCUGGUACUUAGUGAGAUUAUAACACAACUAGUAUACAGUAGAGAGUCAACUCAGGCCGGCUGGACCCUGCCAGUGAUUCUGUUCCAUGACAGUCCUUUUAAAUCCUCCCCUGUUGUUCAUCUCUCGCUCUCCCUGUGAUGAUGGGUUCCAAACAGUCACCACUCUGUGGGUGAAGACGUUUCCCUUGAAUUUUGUGCAGACUGAAGAAGUCGAGGAGAAGGGAACCAGCAGCGGGGUGUGGCAACAAAUGUCAGAAUAGCAAUAUUUGGAAGCUGAUUGACAGAGAAAAUCUUUUGGUUGUUUGACUGAUGACACAAACAAUACCUGUGGUGAGGUGCUCCACUUGUCGAGGAAUAUGAGUGAGUUGGGUAUGUUUUUAUCUACUGAGGGAGUUGUUCCUGCUUGUUUAUCCUGUAAUAUUAUAUCCAGAUGGUUAUUAUGGAUUGUUCUAUCUGAAAUAAUGUAUUGAUUAUCAUAUAAUUUGUAAGAUUUUGACUCUAAAGCUGCAGCAGGCUUGAAUUUAUGGUGCCUUUGUGAAGUGUUGGAGGGCAUUCAUGAGUUUGUAUUUUAAAGCAAUAUUUUGUUGAAUGACAUUUGCCAUUUGAUUGUACCUUUGUAAGUAAUCAGAUUGAGUUAAACUGCUGCAGGAUCCUGGAAUGUGUUGGAUUGUGUCUGGUUUGUCUUGCAUUUUCACCUUUAAUGAGACUGGAGUUUAAUAUUCCUGAUCUGAGACAAAUAAAUCACUUCUAUUUUAAACUCUGUCUCUGGUACUUAGUGAAUUUAUAACACAACUAGUGGACAGUGCAGAGUCAACUCAGCCCGGCUGGACCCUGCCAGUGAUUCUGUUCCAUGACAGUUCUUUUAAAUCCUCCCUUGGUCCCCCUCACUCUCCCUGUGGUGAUAGAUUCCAAACAGUCACCAUUCUGUGGGUAAAGAGGUUUCCCAUGAAUUUUCUGCAGUCUGAAGAAGUCGAUCUGACUGCAGUUCUGUCUGAGAAGUUCUUCGAACCUCUAAUCUCUGGGCUGAGGAAGGAUGACAUUGGUAGUUAUCCCCCUUAAUCACAACUCAUUUCCACAUUAUGGGUCAUUUUCCCUGCUUAUAAAGGGUUGUUAGAAAACACCACUGUCCUCUGAAGACUGAAAGCAGAAUGGGAAACCAUUAUCUGGAUGCCCAAUGGAGCAGGGUCAGAAACCAGAGGCGGGCCUGCACAGGGCAGAGUUUGGGGCUCUGGACGAUGGUCGGGGUAAAAACGUAUGAUGAGGAGAAGGAAUCAGCAGCAGGGCGUGACAACGAAUGUCAGUAACAACAUUUGGAAGCUGAUUGACAGAGAAAAUCUUUCGGUUCUUUGACUGAUGACACAAACAACACCUUUGGUGAGGUGCUCCACUGGUCGAAGAACGUGUGUGCUAGGAAUGUUCUUAUCUGUUGAGGGCGUUGUUCCUGCUUGUUUAUCCUGUAAUAUAAUGGUGAAAGUUCUGGAUGACGGCGACGAGUCGGAGGCCUUCCCAGUGACAAAUGGCGUCAAACAAGGCUGCAUUCUUGCCCCGACUCUGUUCGUGUGGCAUUCUCUGCCAUGCUGACAGAUGCCUUCCGUAACUACGAAGAAGGAAUCCACGUCAGGUACAGGACUGACGGCAGGUUGUUCAACCUUAGGCGCCUGCAGGCGGUUACAAAGGUGCAGGAGAUUGUCAUCAGAGACUUGUUGUUUGCUGAUGACUGCGCACUCAACGCCAGCACAGAGCAGGAGAUGCAGCGUGAAAUGGACUGCUUCUCACAAGCCCGCGACAACUUCGGUCUCACUAUCAGCACCAAAAAGACCGAAGUUAUGUACCAGCCUGCCCCAGGAAAGUCAUACCAGGAGGCGCGCAUCACGGUGAAGGGCCAGAACCUCCAGGCAGUCGACAACUUCACCUACCUGGGCAGCAUACUCUCUCGCGCAGUGAACAUAGACGCUGAGGUCAACAACAGGAUUGCCAAAGCCAGCGCCGCCUUUGGGAGACUCCGUGAGAACGUCUGAGAGCGGACAGGACU